UACACUUUUUCCAAGGUGUAUUGUCUUCUCCACCAGUAGUGACUGUGUUUGAGAAGGGCAAGAGAAAAGGUCGUGUCUUUAUGUUUUUGUUAUCCAGAGAUGGAGAAAAUGGUGGAAUUCAUUAGAAAAGACUGUAAAGUAGAAGUCUCUUUGGAAGGAAACGUAAUGUUUAAUGGUUCUUAUUACAAAGCGAUUCCGGAAGAAGAUCCAGCUGAAUCAGGAGACAAAAAGAUCAAAGUUCGUUUCUUGACGCUGCUCAAGAAAGACCGUUCGGGUCCUCUUAUGAAAUCCGUCGAUAAGAGGUUUAUUCGACCAGUCCCACCUGAGAAUCUGAACGACGGCGUCGUUUUUGAAGAAGGUUUGAUGGUCGACGCUUACAUUAAAGAUGGGUGGUGGACUGGUGUGGUAGUGAAAACGCUGGAGGAGGAUGGCAAGUAUUUGGUUUACUUCGAUUCCCGACCUGACGUUAUCCAGUUCGAGAAAAAGCAAUUGAGGGUUCAUCUUGAUUGGACCGGCUUCAAAUGGGUCCGACCUAAUAAUAAGGAAUUGGUCAAGUCUGUUUUUAGUUGCGGGACAAUGGUGGAAUAUAGAGUUGAUUUUGCCUGGCGUCCGGCAAUUAUUAUCAAGGAAUUGGAGAAUGAGAAGAGAUUUAUUGUUUAGUACGACUAUGAUAAAUCCUUCAGAUGCAUCGUUGAUUCUCGAAGUGUCAGGCCUCCGCAGCCUUCUUUUUCUGUUGGAGAGUAUGAUUUGUUGGAUCAUGUUGAGGCGUUUAACGACUUUAGGUGGCGUGAAGGUGUGGUGAGGGGAAUUGUCUUUGAGGGACGAUACAUGGUAAGUUUCGGGGAUUCAAAGGAGGCUUUACAAUUCAGUCACUCUAAUCUUAGGCCUCCAAUGGAGUGGGAAGAUGGAGUUUGGCAUAAAAGAACUAAGCCAAAACGCCAAAAAGAAACUCCUUUAGAAACUAAAAAUGUGCAGACAAAGGCACCGCCGGGAUUUGAGAGGGCUGAUGAUGUAGUAAAUGAUAAAGAAUCUCGCUCACAUGUGUCCCCUGAGUCCACGAAGAAUCAGAAUGGCUUGGGAAAUGAGUCAACUCGAGAAAAUAUGCCUAAGGAGCAUAACAGCCAAGUCUACACUCGGAAGAGGAAAAGAGGACAACUAGAAGACAGUUCAGACCUCAAUGAGACUGAAAUGGUUUUUCCUUUUGCAAAGAAGUCACCGCUUUGGAAGACAUAUGAAUCAACAGAGGUCUUCAAGAGAGUACCACAAAGUCCACAUUUCAGCCCAUUGUCAAAUACUAAAGAAGAUUUCCGUGAAGGGCAAGCAUUAGGUCUGAUGGUGACUUAUUCUCUGUUACUGGAGAAAUAUAAAGAUCUUGAAACCGACGUUUCUGUAAGCCAACUACAUAGCCUCAAAGAUUCCUUUUCAGAGCUAGAGAAAUACGGUUUCAAUGUUGCAACGGCUUUAUCACGGAUUGACAAGGUGUUGGCACUCAAAGAUAGACAACUACAUAUAUUGGAGGAACUAAAAGGUCUUGACAAAGAGAGGACAGAUGAAUCUAGCAAUAAUCGCAAGGCUAAACUAGAGUUUGAUGAGAUGGAACGAAAAAUUCUUGAGGUGAAACAGAAGAUGCUCGAGCUGCUGAGACAAGAAGCGGCUCUGAAAGAGAAAAAGGAUGCAUCCAACAAAAAGAUAUGUCAGAUUGAGUCAUGUGCAAGAGAUCUCGGUGUCCAGCUUGAAAAUGUGGAGUUUGAGUUUGAGACGACUUUGUCGGCUCCUUGGUAA